AUGGCAAGAAAUGCAGAGGGCUUGCCGCGGGCUGGCUCGACGACUACCAUUACGACGCAGAGAAAGCAGAGGCCGAUUGAAGCGAAGGCGCUGACGACGGAGGUCAAGAUGUUGGCUGGUGCUGAUAUUUGGGGUCGCGCAGCAUUUGGGAGGUCGUGGUUGCGAUCUCUUGUUGGUGCAUCGCCUUUGUUUCUCGCGCCGAUGGCUUCGAUAUCGAUCUUUAUCACGUUGGCUGAAUACGAAGGAUCACUCUCCCUCUUCGCAGAUGCUGUGAAAGAACACGGCUUCUGGACCAUUUGCGCCCAGCACGGUCCUCACCUCACCACCAAGGGCGUCGCAGCUGUGAUCUUCUGGGUCGGAAUCCAAGCACUUCUUUACUGCUUACUACCCGGAGAACGACACCAAGGCCAAUUAACACCAGCUGGCUAUCUUCUCAACUACAAAAUCAACGGCCUCUCCGCUUGGAUCGUCACGCAUCUCCUUUACGGAAUUCUCAGCUGGUUGGGGAUUCUAGACCCUGGCUUCAUUCCCCGCAAUUGGAGUAGCUUGAUUGGAGCUAUGAACCUAGCUGGGUUCGUUAUUUCGGCACUUGCGCUCGUCAAAGCGUACGUAAUGCCGACUCACCCAGAAGAUAGGAAGUUCAGCGGGUCGUUCCUAUACGACUUCUUCAUGGGGGUUGAGUUGAACCCGCGGUUGGGUGAGAAUUUUGACCUCAAGCUCUUCAGUAAUGGGAGGGCUGGAAUGAUGGUGUGGACCCUGAUCGACUUUUCGAACAUGGCGUAUCAGUACCAGAACCAGGGAUAUGUUGAGCCAUCGCUUAUCCUUGUCACCGCAUUACAGACUCUUUACGUGGUGGAUUUCUUCAUUAAUGAAUCCUGGUAUUUGCGCACAAUCGACGUCAAAUUCGACCAUUACGGCUUCUAUCUCAGCUGGGGAUGUUUCUGCUUCUUACCAACAACAUAUACGAUCCAAGGCCAAUAUCUCGGACGCUACCCAUCUUCAGCUUCAACACCUUACCUAGCAUUCUUCUUCACCCUCGGAGUAGCAGGCUACAUCCUCUUCCGCUCCGUCAACCACCAAAAAGAAAUCGUACGUCGAACAGGCGGGAAAUGCACCAUCUGGGGAAAACCGGCAGACUGCAUAGUCGCAUCCUUCAGGACCUCCGAUGGUCGGCAGCACAGAAGUUUACUCCUCUGCAGUGGUUGGUGGGGAUGGUCUCGGCACGCGAAUUACCUCGGCGAUCUGAUUCUUAGCUUCAGCACUUGUGCGCUGCCGAUGGUCAACAUUGGUGUUUGGGGCUGGGGACCAUCAGACCUAGAAGAGUUCAAAGCAAAGAAUCAGGCUUUAGAGAAGAAAUUGAUGGAGCUGGAUGGCCGUAAAUGGUUCUACGCACAUACUUACUACACCGAGGAGAAAUUCUGGGAUUUGUAUGAUCAGUCCAGGUACCAGAGGCUUAGAGAACGCUAUUUUACCACGACUUUACCAACCGUCUAUGACAAGGUGAAAAAGAGGGAUCAGGAUGCGGACGAGAGGGGAGAUAAGGGUUGGGCACUCGGGACGUUGAUGAAUAGGUGGCCCAUUGGAGGAAUCUAUGGCAUGAUACUGGCGUUUUACUCUGGGGAUAUCAAUCUGCAUCGACGAGCGAGAUGGAGGCAUAAUUCCGUUAUUCUCAAGUAUGUUCUGACCAACGGGACUGGUAAAUUGCUUCCUGACUCCAACGCUGAAAUGCAGAUCAAUAUCUUGGCAGACGGUGAGGUGCAUGAAGAUGACACCCGCGCUUUCGUCAAAAUGGUGGAAAGAAGUUUCCAAUACCUCACAACACUCAACUUCACCGACAACCCAUUUCAACAGUUCACCAUUCCCCAAGAUUGGAGAGCAUGGGAAGUCGCAUGGCUUUAUCGCUUACCCGCCAUUAUCACCCAUGCUAGCUAUCCUGCUAGGCUGAUCGAGAGCGGGUGUAUGAUCGACAAUGUUGCCAAUUGUCAUGAAGCGUGCGGAAGCGAAGAACACAUGUUCUCAAAUCCCGAAACGCUAUGGAACUGUCUAACCCUGGCGACCGUCGCUAUCAUGGCUACCAACCGUGGACCAGAUACCAUAAGCAAUGAGACGUUGGAGAAAGUGGAUAAAAGGUUUAACACCGGCCCACUGGAUGAGUUCUGGAGACUUGGUGCAUUGCUGAGCUAUGUCAAAUGUGCGCUACAGUCGUGUUCUGACUCCAAGUUUGGUGGGUGUCCGCCGGAAUUGUGGACGUUCCAGUGUCAGAUGAUCACAUCUAAGAACAUUAAGGAUCUGGGCAGGAUCAUGAGCACGGAGUAUUGUGACAAGGCUGAUCCUGGAAUUGAUUACGAUAUUGCAGGGCCUGGCAUCAUCGUGGCAUAUCUGAUCCAAUUCACGAUAGUUCUAUUCUUUGCACUAUGCUACAAAGUCACAAAGACCUGGAUAAGGAACUUCACACUGAUUUCCCUUCUUCCAUUUCAAGGACCCUCUGGAGCUGUCGAGACAGCUUUUCACUGGCAAAAAGCGGUCUCAAGGAGUAGCUUUGGUGUUGCAGUCGCAUCAACUCUUGUCGAUCUUCAAGAAGCUCAAGCUGUAUUUCUCGGCACUAUAUCUACGGCCGCCAUCAUCACUUUCUCAAGUUCUAGUGGAACUGGACUUGGUAACAUUAGCUCACUCCUCUCUUGGCUGACAAAUAACCUCACUGUAAGGGGAAUGGUCUCGGCGGGAAUGUACCCACUACUGUUUGUCCAACUCAUUCUUCAAAAGACCCAUAAUCGCUGGUGGUAUACACUAGUUCUUGUGUUUAUCAACUGGGUUCUUGUUCUGCUUAUUGCUCGGCCCCAGACUGUUGAUGAGCCUACGUUAUUAGAGCACUUUAGUGAAUCCUCCGGCCUGGAACGCUGCGGGAAUCAACCUGGGCCGAGGACGUUCUGUCAGACUUUCAACAAGCCCGCGGAGGGGGAUUCGAGUUCUAAUACGGGUGAAGAGUUGGGUCAUCUGGAUCGCGAUGCGGAGAACUUCUUCAAGUUUCACUCUAGGAUACAGGCACCCAUGCACGUUAUAAUGGCAUUCCUGAUAUUGGAUUGGCUCGUUGCAAUGAUAAGGAUGCACCUCUUUCAGCGGGGUGACUGGUUAUCUCACAAAGCCCAUGCUUUGAUGGAUAGCGUACCAGCGCGCCUGAAGUCAUUCUAUACUCGGAGGUACUUUGUGCUCUUCACAGAAGCUAUUUGGAUCUCAAUGGAGGUCCUCACUAUUGUCAUGGGCGCCAUAGGAGUGCAUGAGUUUGCGUCAUUUAUGCAUCUACUCAGUGGUGGGGAAUCGGGUAACGAGAGCAAGGUUGCCCUCUCGAAAUGGGGCUUUGGACAGUUAGUAGCAGUUUGCGUUUGGGUUCCUGUUAUCCUCAAGUUCGCAUGUCUCAUGGUUGACGGGGCUCUCCCUGGUUGGAGAAAGCGAUUGGGCCAAUUUAUCGAGAUUACGCAGCGCGAAGAGACCGACCCAGAUGGGAAUGAUGUUGUUAUGGAGACUUUGCUUCCUUCUAGGCCUACCAAAAGGGGUCAGACGGAUGAAGGAGAGGGGCAUACUUUGACGGCGAGGCGAACUUACGCUCGGUGGUCUCUCCGAGACGUUCCUCGUACGCCUGCGACAGAUGUUCUUCCCAUCGGACCUGAAGCAGAUGGAAUUGAGACGUCUUUCGACGAUGAUUCGCGUAGAUUAGUGAAGCCGGCGGAUAUCCAACCUGGGGGAAAAUAUUAUUCUAUUGUCAAGCUCCAGAUUCGAUUUGAGAACCAGGAUUCUGGCGAUGCGCGCCGAGCCCAAGGGACAGGAUGGCUGAUCAUGCCUAACCUAAUCGUCACCGCUGCUCAUUGCGUAUAUGACCAUACAUACAACUUCGGGAAAGCUGUUCAAAUCAGUUCUUUCGUGGGAUACAAUGGCAAGAACGCUAUUGACCAGCCUGGUGUUCAAUUUCGCAGAGGUACCAAGGUCGUCAUUCCGAAGGACUGGAUGAUCAGUGACACCAAUCGCGCCAGCGAUGUCGCCUUCAUCAAAGUGGAAGACUUUGACAAUAUUGUGCCUAUCCGCCAGCAGCCCACUCCAAGUAUUGUGACUAAGAUGCUUUUGAGCGUGGUUGGGUACCCGUGCGACAAAUCCUUGGGCGAUGAACGAGGAGCGCAAAUGUAUGAGAUGACCAAACCGACAGAUUGUGAUCUAUCGAAAUCAGCUUUCAAUAUGCUCGAGCAUACCGUGUCUUUUGCAGGUGGAAAAUUCGGAAACUACUUCAGCGCCAUGUCUGGUGUCAUGUAUGCCCUGGAUCGUGCUUCUCCUGGCAGUGAGGACGUCAAUUACAUCCGGACCAUAGGCCGCCCCGAGGGCAGUAUGGCAGAAGAAACCCUCAGUGAUUCCGAGGCCUUCUGGAUCACUUUCAAAAACGUUGCCAGCGUCGGCCAAAGGAUUGAUAACUCCGUCUUGAGAGCGGGGUCACCUUUCUUGGGCCAGAUGGGCAAUCCUAUCGCUGCCGUUGCAGGUACGGCACUCGGCGUGAUGAGCAAGCUUGGUUCAGACGCUUCAACUGACAUUGAGUCCGUCCAUGUCAGUUACAGGCAGUGUACUGCACGUGCCAUUCUCGCAGAGGCUGCUAUUCAGACUGUCUUGAUGAUGGAUGCUCAGCAGGCCAAUAAGUUCACAAUGUUCGACAAGAUGCAGGCCCAAUAUAUAAAGACAAGAGAUUUCAUUCCCAAGGUUGCAAAACUCAUCACACCUGGAAUCGUUGAGUCCGCACUUCGAAUUUCUGUUAAGGCACAAGCUGCGGGCGAAGAAAUAUCCACACUUUACCCGAAGCUCCCUCCAAUGAACAGUUCUCUCAGCGACGGUGACAAAAGGUUUAUUGAGGCCUUCGUCCGGUACUCAGAACAAGGUGAUGCCCAUGAGAUGUCUGAGUUUCUCGGGGACAUUGUCAAAGCUGCUGCAUCUGCCGGUUCUCCCAACUUCGGCGGCAUUACUCGAGCUAUCGGUGAACCUGAAGUGAGCGUGACCGAUAUGUCGAUUCACGUCGAGAUUCUGUGCCACAGAGCUAUUAUAGGCGACGCUGCUCUGCAGGGUCUCAUGGCUAUACCUCCCACUCUUAUGGUGCAGGAUGAUUUGUUUCAUCAUCUGGUCGGUACGGUCAAAAAGAUUGCAAGAACCGUCAUUGGAGUCGCUCCUGUUGUUACUAAAGGUGUUAUGGAGAAUAUUAAACAGGACGAAUAA